AACUUAAACUAGUCAGUGCCUGGUCACACUCAGUCCAUACAGCUGUGGCGUCUUUAUUAAAAAUUGAAAUUGUUUCCUUUGUUAUUUUUUAAAAAGCGCAUUUUUAGACAACUUUUUACCAUGGAACCCAUGACGCUGGGCAGUCCGGUCAACAGCCCCGGCUCGAACCAGAGCCAGUACCUGCCGCCCUUCCUCCUGGGCGAUCCCCAAGGCCUGACGCCGCACAAGAACACGCUGUCGCCGAAGACCGGCCGCUAUAAUGUUAGUUUUGCCACUUCCCCCGGCGGCAGCAGUCCGCACGAGUUCAACCGCUCCGCCCUGAACACCCGCACACUGUUUGGCGCCCAAUCUGCCGCUGCUGCUGCUGGCGGCGCCCACAAUCUCUCCCAGCCUGCAGUCGGAGGCAGUGCCACGCCUAGCCACGCGCACACAUUGAGCCACCACCAGGCGGGACCGCCCACCCAGGGCCUCUUCGAUUCGCUGCGGGAAACGAACGCCACGCCGCAGCAGCGCAACCAUCAGUUGAGCAUGCUGCAGGUGCAGUCACCCAACCAGAGCUACCAAAGCUACCAGACCAACGAUUCGUUUGCACCCGGGCCACCCAAUGGCAUCAAUGCCUCCAUGCGGGCCAUGUACUCGCCCCUGGGCUCCAUCGCCUCACCAGGAGCAGUAGGAGGAGCAGGAGUGGGAGUAGGAGGAGCAGGCGCAACACCAUCGGGCAACUCCCGCCUAGCCGACUUCUGGGUCACCAUCUUCGGCUUCUCGCCCGGGGCCAGCUCCAUGGUGCUGCAGCACUUUACCCUGUGCGGCAUCAUCGUGGACGUGGUGCAUGCCCCCCAGAACGGCAACUGGAUGCACGUGCGGUUCUCCUCGCGCAUCGAGAGCGACAAGGCGCUGAACUACAACCACAAGGUGAUCGCCGGCAAUGUGAUGGUGGGCGUGGCCCGCUGCACGGAGCGCUCGGUGAUCGACAAAGAGAACAGCAGCGGCCUGGCCAAUGCCAAUGCAUCGGACGCAAUAGCCAGCAGCCCCACCGCGGUGCGUCCGUUUGCCCAGCAGUCGUACAAGCUGGCCCGCGACGGAAACACCAUCUCGCCCUCAAAGGAGGUGCCCCAGAAGAGCUCCGGCCUGAUGAACAAGGCCAUGGACCUCAUAUUCGGCUGGUGAGAGGGCUGAGAAGCUGGGAAGCAGUCUUUUUCCGGCUACUUAUUUAAUAAUCACUGCGAACAUCCAGCAUACAUACAUACAUACUUAUUAAAAAGAGAUACAAUAGCAA